AUGAUAGAGGAACUUAGUAGUCUCUUUUGAUGGCUUGGGCUCAUAGUUUUCCUCUAUUUAUCAGCUAAUUUUUUACGAAUUCUCUUAAUUUAUCAUAUUUUGCCAACAAAGCUCUCUACUUAUGGAAAAUCCUGAGCACUCGUCACUGGUGCUACUUAUGGAAUAGGAAAAGCCUAUGCAGUUUCCUUAGCAGCAAAAGGCUUCAAUCUUUAUCUAAUAGCAAGAACUGAAUCUCUCCUCAUAGACCUCUCUAAAGAAUUAUCCUCAAAAUAUCAAAUUCAAGUCCUCUAUAUGAAAUGCGAUUUUUCUGGAUUGCAGACGUCUGAAUCCUUGCAACAAAAAUUUAUUGAUUUAUUCCAGUCCUAUGAUUUCUCAAUUCUUAUCAAUAAUGUUUCUUCCCUCUCAAGAAUUCAUUUCUCAGAUAUGAAGCUAAAUGAAAUUAAUUACAUGCACUCUUUAAAUACUUAUCCAUUAUUAUUUUUGUCAAAAGUGUUUUUAGAUAAUUCAUCACACAGGAAAGGAAAAAGAGGAAUAAUUACAUUGAGCUCUGCGAGCACUGUGCUCACAAUGCCUAUGAUUUCUUUAUAUAGUGGGACGAAAUGCUUUGGGGAUAGAUUUAUGUUGGCAUUAUAUAAUGAGACUGAUGCAGAUAUUCUCUGUGUGAGACCUUUAGCUGUUAGUUCGAAUAUGACUGAAAAUUAUAAGCCUAAUUUGGUUUUAGAUGAUCCCAAAGACUUAGUGGAGCCAAGUUUGAAAUGCUUACUAAACUUUGGUUAACGAGCAAAGAUCUUGCUAACCAAGUUAAUUUUUUUUAAUAGUUUAGGAUAAAUCUAAUUUUAUUAAUAAAAAUUUGUGCUUUAGAAACACAAUUUGUUUAAAUUUAAUAGAUUUUUAUCAUAAUAAUUUAUAUUUGUAAAAAAAAAACUCCUUGACUGUUAACUAAGGGAGAUUAAAUUCCCAAAAAUAGCAAUUUCUAAUGAUUUAUCUCGAUAAUUAGUAGGUGGAGCUAGGGAGAAUUGAUAUAUGCUAUGGAAGCUGAAAGCAUAUUUUUUACUAUUUUUUACUUUAUGGGCUGCCGUCAUGAUUAACAAAAGCAAUUUUUUAUUUUUUUAUUUAUGAAUCAGUCCAUAGGAAAAUAUUCCCAAGGUCAAAAAUGUAG